UUGCUUUUGCUAAUUUUCCAGGUUUCUCGAGCAAGAGGAGGCCCUCAGGGGAGGAGACGAUGAUACCCUGGGGCCUGGCUAUACGGAGGACUCCACUGAUGUGUACAGCAGCCAAUUUGAAACCAUUUUGGACAACACUUCCUUGUACUACAGCGCAGAGUCAUUGGAAACCCUGUACUCAGAGCCUGAUAGCUACUUCAGCUUUGAAAUGCCGCUCACGCCGAUGAUACAGCAGCGCAUUAAAGAGGGUGGUCAGUUCUUGGACAGGACCUCUGUGGGAGGACACCAGGACAUCCUGAGUGUGUCAGCAGAUGGCGCGAUAGUGAUGGGGGUCAGCAACGGACUGCAUGAUCCUGCCAACUCUGUCUACGCCAAAGGCCCUCAAGAGAUUGCCUUCUGGGGAAGUGGUGGCCAUGGCCAUGCUGAGGUGAGCACGCCACGACUAGAUGCUCAUUCUGAAAUGGGGAGCACUGAAAUUUUGGAAAAGGAGACCACAGAAAGUCUCAGAAAUGGUACUAACAGCAACGUGGAAGCAGCUAAAAGACUGGCCAAACGCUUGUAUCAUCUAGACAGAUUCAAAAGAUCGGACGUUGCAAAACAUUUAGGCAAAAACAAUGAAUUUAGCAGACUAGUUGCGGAAGAGUAUCUGAAGUUUUUUGAUUUCACAGGGAUGACGCUGGAUCAGUCUCUCAGGUAUUUUUUUAAAGCAUUUUCUCUUGUGGGAGAAACCCAGGAGCGCGAGCGAGUAUUAAUACAUUUCUCCAAUAGAUAUUUUUAUUGUAAUCCAGACACUAUCACCUCACAAGAUGGCGUCCAUUGCCUCACCUGUGCUAUGAUGCUCCUCAACACAGAUCUGCAUGGCCAUAAUAUUGGAAAGAAGAUGACCUGUCAAGAGUUCAUUACGAAUCUCCAGGGAGUAAAUGAAAGUGUGGAUUUCUCCAAGGAUCUUCUGAAGGUAAGCCUGGGACUGUUGGCAAGACUUCUGUGUGUAUCUGCUGCUAGUUUAGGCUAA